AUGUCCCGCGUCUCCUCGGCCUCCGCCGCCGAUCACAGUGAUCGCUCCGCCACGCUGCCGCCCCCGCCGCCACCGCCUUCAAAUGCACGCCGUCGCGAGAAGCCAGUUGCGGAUGACGAUCCUUCGCAACUCAUCCACAGGCCGGCAGCGGCGCGCUCACUGAUCUUUGAAGCGGAGUCGGGGCCCUCCCCGUUUGGCAAUGCGUCCAGCGCUCUCAGCACGGAUGUCUCCGAUAGCUUCAAGCGCGCCUUUCAGGAAAUGGCUACUGAGCGUGAGGUUUUGCGUACCGAACUCGCCAAAAAAAACGCGGUUGACGUCGAUAAGGUGCACAAAGAGAUUGAAAAGUUGAAGGAGGACCUUGAGGAGAAGAACGCUGCUCUCGGCAAGGAAAGCAACAGGGCAAAUGGCGCCGCAAAAGCUGUCAGCAAGCUGCAAGAGGAGAUUCGAUUACUGAAAGGGGAGGUUUCUGCCAAGAGCAGGGAGGCUGUCAUUUUUAAGAAAGAACUCGAGAAGGGCGAUCAGAACAGCGUCAAGGAGCUUAUACAGAGAGAGAAGGCAGCGGAGAGCUCCAUGCUCCGGAAGGCUAGAGAGAUUGGGGUGCUUCAGAAAAAGCUCGAAAAGACCCAAAAAGAACUAGCUGAUAGCGAAAAUGAGGCCAAGGGCUUUCAAAAGACAAUCGAUCGCACAGCAAAGCAGAUUCAAAAGCUUGAGGAUACUCUACGUGCGGAGGAGCAGAAGAGCGUGAAAGCCUACGAAUCUCUCGAGCGUGCAGAAGGUGUCGCUGCCGAGCGCCAGAGUGAGCUCAACUCUGUCAAGCUCAAGCUUGAUCACACCGAGAGUGAGAUGGCUCGCAUGCAGCGCGAAGUCAGAGCACUGGAGAAAGGUUUAGAGUCGGCGAAAGGGGAAGGCAGCGAUGCUGCGGCCAGAGUAUCUGAGCUCGAGCGGCAAUUGUCCUUGCGUACUGACGAGCUUAGGGCAGCAGAGAAGCUCGCUGAUCGUGCGCAAGCCAAGUUCGAUGACGCUCGAACAGAGGCCCUUGUUUUGGAACGCGAUUUGAGCGAAGCUCGACGUCAGGUCACCGAAGCCGAAGAAAAGGGAAAGGAGCUUGCAAAGGAGCUGUCCAAAGUGUCCGAAGCGGAUCUCGAAUCCACGAAAAAGUCUCUAGAGACCGUGACAAGAGAACUUGAGAGAGCGCGCCAAAAGUUCGAAAAGGAAAAAGGUGAGCUCGACUCCUCCAAGACGAGAGAUUUAGAAACACUUGAAGCCAAAGUUGAAAGCGCGAGGGAAGAGAACGGGAACGCAAAGCUACUUUGGACCAAGGAACGCCGAGAUCUAAGCAUGCGGCUUGAUCAGGCUCAAGACUCUCUCACCACCAAAGAGCGAGAGCUGAAAAGUCUCAACUUGAAAAUGGAAGCCGCUCGUCAGGAUGUGGAAGAUUCCAAGUGGCAUUUGGAUAGGUCCAGCGCGAAAAUUGCCGACCUUAAGGCUGCCGCCAAGCACGCUGAAGAUGAGCUCAAAAGCGAAUUGCAUGAACUUCGCGGUCGAAUCGUGGAACUGCAGGCCACUUCUCGGGAUGCGGAGCGGAGGGCACAUGACGCUGAGUUUGCGAUCGAGGACUCAAAAACCGAAGUACGGCGCCUCAACGAAAAGCUUUCCCAGGUUGACGAGAACCUUUCCAAAACGAGUGAUAGUCUUGUGGCCACAGAAAGGGAGAGCGAAGAGCGCCAUACACAGAUAGGGCAUCUUCAAGUCAACUGCAAACGUUUAGAGUCGGAGCUCGAUUCCUCUGGGCAAGACAACGACUCUCUGCGCGCGAAAUGUGCCGAAAAUGAACGACAAAUCGAAGAAUAUGAAAAUAGCGUCGCGGCAUUGCAGGUCAGUCUGAACACUGCUGAGGAGAAUUUAAAGAAGUCGGAAGAUGAAGUUAAGUCGCUCUCAGAGUCUUUAUCGGAAACUUCUACCCUGGUUGAAACUUUGCAAGGCAAGCUCACCGCUGAAACUACUGAAAAGGAAUCCAUUGCUGUCCGCGCAGCCAGAGUAGAGGAGCUUGAUCGGCUCGUAGACAAGCAAAAGACACAGCUUUCGGAAAUGGAGAAUGUGCUCACAGAAUCUGCUCAGGAAUCGUCUGAGGUUCAGUCGAAGAGUGUUGAGACCGCAAAGCGUAUUGCAUCUAUAACUGCGGACCUCCGGCGCGCCGAGGAAGAAAAAGAUCAAACAGUUGUUCUCCUGGAGGCAGCAAGGAACGAAGCUGCUGAAGCACAAGAGUCUGUAAAAACUAUGGCAACAACUCUUGCAUCGCAAGAAGGGCAGAUACGGGAUUUGACAAGCGAAUUGGAUGGCAUUCGCUCUCGGGAGACUUCCGCAGUCCAGGAAGCCGCCGCGCUUAUCCAAGCCCGUGAUGAUGCUGUAAAGCAGAUGCAAAUUAUGGAGGAAGAAAACAUGACAUCUAAAGGUCUCUGCGAUGACUUGCGCGGACAAAUAUCUUCCUUGGAGAGUGAAAAGGUUCUGUUGGAAGAGACGAGUUCGCAAGCAGCGGCAAAUCUAGAUGCAGCGGUCGCAGAAAAGGACAGUUGGCGUACCGAAUUGGAGAAGUCAAGAAAUCAUGCAUCAGAUGUUACUGCAAAGCUUGAGUGUGCUGAAAUUUCGUUGACGGAAAGCAUGGGAAAGUGCUCGGCGUUGGAGGUGAAGAUCACUGAACGCGACGAAAACGUUCAGUCCCUACAGGUGAAGACAGAGGCCCAAACUUCCGCAAUUGAAGAGUUGGAAAACGAAUUCAAGUCAAUAUCCGAAGAUUUUGAUAAGGCAAAAGUAUCGAUUGCUUCCCUGUCCAAGAGAAUCGAGGAGACCGAGCAGCAAAGAGAUAGCGCUGCAAGUGAUGCUGACGAAUGGCGGAGGGCUUUUGACAACACAAAGUCGUCACUGACUGACGCGGAAACCCAUGUAAGCAAUCUAGAAGCCAAGAGAAUUAUGUUGGAGAAAGAGCUUGAAACUUCAAAGGCUUCAAUCGAGCGUGAGCAGUCUGAGAAGAAAUCGGCAUUGGAGUGCGCCGAAAAUCGCAAAGCUACUAUUGAUGAACUAAAAGAGGCAGAAAAAACCCUCGAGAACACACUCAACUGCACAAAAGAUGAAUUUUCAGUCGCCAAGAGAGAGGCUAAUGAAUAUGUACUGGAGGCGGAGCGCCUCCAAACUCAGCUUCGCGAAAAGCAGGAAGAUGCUGACAAGAUUUCAUCUGAAUGUCGUGCUACUCAACAGUCCUUGGAAGUGUUGGAAAACGAAAAGGAAGCGGUGGACGGAAAGGCAGCAGACUUGCAAGCGAGACUCGAAACUGUAGAGGGAUUAGUUCUUGAGAUGGAGGAAUCCAGGUCUGUGCUGCUUUCAGAAAUGGCCGAGAAGGAAAAGGCUUUGGAAGUGAUGCAAGGGAAUUUCAUCCAUGAAGAACGCAAGCAGGAAGAAGCCCUUCUUGUUCUGCGAUCCGAGAUUGCGGACAAGGCCGCGAAACUAGCACAAAGCCAGGAGGAUGUGAAAUCACGGCAACAAACAAUUUCGAACAAUGAAUCUGAGAUUGGUUCUCUGAAAGACGCAAUUACUGGUCUGGAAAAGGAGCUCCAGACUCUAACCGCGGAUAGUCGGGCAACCAGGGAAGAUCUCGAAGCGGAAAGAAAUGAAUUGCUACUUGAGAAAGACGAGCUGUCUUCUACUAAUGGCGAAUUGGCUAAACAAAUGAAAGAAAUGGACGAGGCGAAUGAGGCCCUUGUGGUCGAUCUUGAAGCAUCGCUUCGUCAUGCUGAAGAAGCAGAAUCGAGAUCAAAAGAUCUUGAAGAGGAACUUACCAAAGUCGCAAACGAGAUGACCGAGCUUGAAUGGGCAGUCAAUGAGCAAACUCUUCGGGCCGAUCAAGCGGAACAGGAAGCAGAAGGAUUGAGGGACCAAGGGCGAAACAUAUAUGCCCAAAUCGAGGAAUUCGGCGAAGAAGCUGAAGGGCGGGUGCUUGAAGCAGAGAACGAAGUGCAAGCAAAGCUCGAAGACAUUGUUGCCUUGGAGUCGAGAAUUGCGGAAAUGACAGAUCAAAUGGCAUCUGCAAGUCAAAGCGUAGCUGCGUUGAAUACCCGCAUCUGCAGUAUGGAAAGUGACCAGAGCAAGCUCACAGUUGACAAGGAAACAGCCGAGAGGCGGCUUGAAAUGUCUCGCUCAGAGGGAAAAUUCCAAAACGAGCGGAUUACUACCCUAGAGUCCCUCAAUCGAGAGCUGUCAUCGUCGUUGGAUGCUGCGAAAUCUGCUUCCAGAGAUGCGGAAGACAAAUUAAUGCGGCAUGAGAGCAGAACGAGUGAGGAUCGGCAAAGAAUAUUAGAGCUUCAGAGCCAAGCGGACCGUUUGAGAGCUUUCGAGGGAAAAUUCACAAGCGCAGAGGUCGAGAUAAGCAGGCUCCGGGGUCAGGUCGAGGAAAUCUCGGCAGCCAAAGCACGUAGUCUGCAGGAAAAGCAGACACUAGAAGAAAAGCUUAGACAAGUAGAGGAACGUUUCUCAGCUGAAAAGCUUACGAUGGCGAUGGAGCAUAGGAUGGCUAUGGAAGAUGUCCGGAGGGCGUCUGAACUGUCGUUUGGGAGAGAUCCGCCCAAACGUGAUUUGUCGCCAUCCAUCUCGUCAAGUAGAAGGACAUCGGCGAGUCGACGAAAUCGCGAUGGGGUGAAGAACAAUGUCAUGAUGGGUGCCUCCGCUGUAGUUGGCGGGCUGGGGUUGUUUGUUUUGAAGCUUCUCUCGCAGAAUGGGCAAUCUAACUAGUCAGGCACGCCGAGCCACUUUCACACACUCUUAUUUUGUUUAUCAGGCUUUGCAUGCCUUGUGAAAUGCCUUGUGAAAUCCCGUAAGGUGAUUACUGAUUGCGUUUUUAAUCGCCGUUGUUCCUUAACUGAUGAUGGGUUUGUUUAGUAACUUGAUUAUAUUACAGCUUUUCGAUGCCUCCUGUCACUGAUAGUUGACACAUUGGCAGAGAAAGCGUGUUGAAUGAUAGGAAAUUAGGGCAGUCCUCCCCCCGGAAGCGAAAGGGGACAUUGUAAAACACAAAGGGAUAAGCUAUGGAAACACAAAAA